AUGUUUCCAACUGCUAUCAGAGCUUUCUCAAGAUCCCAUGUUGCUAUGAACGCUUCAGCUCCAACUGGUAAAAAAGCUGCUGUCCAAUGGGUUGUCUACUUUAUUGGUAUCACUGCUGGUUUAACUGCCGGUGCUGCUGUCUUAUUGAAUGAUGAAGCUCACAAGAACAAACAAGUUGUUGAAGCUGCUAAACCAGAACCAACUGAUGCUUAA